AUUCGAGGUAGCAAGUCAUUAUCAUCUCCUGCUGCAACCUUGAUCCACAUACAUCAAGACAGCUACGCGCUCUACAGCGAGCCUCAAGAUGCCUACAGUUAUAUCAGGAGUCAAGAAAGUUACGACUUAUGGCAGAAAGAAGACUCAAGUCAUCGCUAUACACAGCGAUCUCGAAACACCGCCGCCAAAAAGGUCCACCAACAUCCCCUCUCCUUCCCCCAUCUCCCCUCAGCCGGUCGCAAAAGCCUCCAGACGUCCUCUCCAAUCGAUAGACUCUCAGGAAAUUAUCAAGACACAACCGAACAUCCCACUUCUGAACGUCUCGCCGCCUGCGAAACCACCAAGAUGGAAUGCCAAGCGAGCUCCUCAACGUCCCGCUAGACUCUCCACGCCUCCUAAGUCACCGAUAAAAGCUGUGUCGUCGAGUCCAGAGAGCGUUGUGGAGAUCGUGCGACCCGUUCGUGUGAGAAGAGCUCGGCGUAUCAUCACUCGAAGCCCAUCCAGCUCUGUCUCUCCCGCCAAACUUCGAGCAUUACCUGUCGGUACGCCACCUCGGUCAUCCAAACCUCUUUUUGAAGGCGUCGAAAUCCAGACGAAGAAACGAGUCACCUCAGGAUCGUCACUCAUCGCAAAAUUCUCUCAGAUCACCAUCGAUCUCACAGAAAGCGAUGAAAGCUUCACAACAGCACCAGAGACAGUGGAACGUGUACCCAUCGAGGAUCUCCUCUCAAUUUGCACCUUUUCAAGAGUCUGCCCCUUUUCAGGAUUUCUGUCAUCAACAGCCUUUGCGAACCUUCUGACCUCUGCAGCUGCAGGCUCGAAAGUUCAAAAGAUUGGAGAGGCCACGUAUUCAGAAGUUUUUGGAGUCAGAAGCGGGGCACAGGAGGUUGUGGUCAAGAUCAUCCCGUUGGAGCACGAGAAGACUUCGGCUGUAUCCUCUGCUGAGAAAGACCUCCCGGAUUUAUCGAGCGUCAGAGACGUUUUGAAGGAGAUUGAGACUACGAAACAUCUGAAGGGUCUGGCAGGUGGUGGCUUUGUGGACUACAGAGGAGCAUACGUCGUGCGGGGCGUAUACCCCACUGAUCUGCUCGCAGAGUGGGACCGGUUUGAUGCAGAGAUUGGCUCAGAGUCGAUACGGCCGGACGCGUUCCUCUCGAACCAGCGGUACGCCAUCAUUGUCCUUGGCAAUGGCGGACCAGACCUUGAAGCCUUCAAGUUCGAUAAGGCGCAUGCUUGGAUCCAGGCCGCUGCAGUGUUCUGGCAAGUCGCCAGUGCGCUAGCCAGGGCAGAAAAAUGGGCAGAGUUCGAACACCGUGACCUGCACGAAGGUCAAGUCCUCAUCACAACCGUAGAGUCUAUCGAGAGUCAAGCUGUAGACUACCUGCAUCCUCCAAGCACCGGGAUCCAGGCUACAAUCAUUGACUUUGGUCUGUCCCGCUUAAGCGUACCAAACAAGGAACCAAUUUGGACAGCGAUGCCUCCAGAAGUGUACGAAGGCGUCGGUGAGCAAUGGGAUACCUAUCGCGCGAUGCGCGACAAAGUCACGGACUGGGAAGCAUUCAAUCCGUCAACGAACGUUUUGUGGCUUCGAUACCUUUUGUCCUACAUUCUUCACUCGAAAGGCCUGCGUAAACCACGCCCUAAGAGCAUGAGACCACCUCCGCGAGCACCUCUUGGACCAUCGAGAAGAGUCGUCUCUGGACCAAAGACAAGGACAGUGUCUGCACGCCAUAGGCCAACCGAGAUCCCAGUCUCUGGUAAGGAUGCCACCGAAACUGCCUGUGAAAUGAUGUUGGAGUUGGAGAUCGCUCUGGGCUGCAAAGUUAAGAAGGUCAAGUCAAAGGCCGAGAGGACGGAUCUGCCCUUUGAGUCUGCUUCAGCUUUGGUUACAUGGGCCAGAGAGCACGGGUGGCUGCGAUAGGAUGUUGGACCAAGCCGUUAAUUAGGUUGCGUAAACAGUUAGGGUCUCUCGCUGUGUUUUGCCUCAUGUAUAAUCGUCGGGCUUUCACGAUUGCCAGGGCACUGCUGUGCUCCAGAUCGUCUCACCAGCGAAGGCCCUAUGCUGCUUAGGGGACGUUAGAUUAGACUAUGCCUGUGAUCGUGAUUCUGAU